ACAACUUAUCGUAGCUACGCACUUUCCUCUUUCCCCAAUAUUCCUCUCUUCUCCUCUCCUAGGGAUUCGCUGAGCUCACCAAUCUCCCAACCACCAUGGUUUGAUUCUUCAAUUCCGCCGCCGCCGCUAUCCCCUUCCUUUUCCGCCGCCGCCCCCCCUCCGAUCCGUAUUCAAUAUCAUGGAAGAAAAUUUAUCUGCUGCCACGCUAAUGGACUCCACAGCCUCUAAGAUACAACAACUUCAGAAGGCAUUUGCUGAACUUGAAAGUCACCGGGCUGUCACUCUCAAUAUGAAAUGGAAACAGCUUGAGGAACAUUUUAAUGGGCUUCAGAAAUCUUUGAAGAGACGAUUCACUGAACUGGAAGAGCAGGAAAAGGAAUUUGAAAGCAAAAUAGUUGAAUCCAGAGAGAUGUUGGAGAAGCGUAAAGCUGCUGUCUUUGCCAAGGAGCAAACUUCACUGGAAAAGCUCCAAGAGAAGCGGGAUGCUGCUGUGUCAGCCAUUUUGACUGCUAUGAACAAGCCGAUCUCUUCGAGUUUGGGUGUCAGUGGUUUUGAGAACAAAUGUGAAGCACUAGUUUUAGAGGAAAAAACACCUGCUGCACUAGUUACUGCGAGCAAUACAGAUGGUGCCAAAAUGAUCGUUGAAAAUACGAGCGUUCAGGUUAAAGCAUAUCCAGAGCUAGUGAAACUUUGCCAGGAGAUGAAUUCUGAUGGGCUCCACAAAUUUAUAUCAGACAACCGCAAGGACCUUGUCACACUGAGGGAGGAAAUUCCUAUUGCAUUAAAAGCUGCAUCUGAUCCUGCUUCAUUAGUUCUGGACUCACUUAAAGGUUUCUACGGCACAGACGUGCCCAAUUCAGAUGCUAAAAAAGACUCAAACCUAUUGGGUAUCCGCCGAACCUGCAUCAUGUUGAUGGAAUGCCUCAGUUGUUUAUUCCAAAAUUUGGACUCUGGCUCCCCUUCUGUUUUCGUCUCAGAAAAUUCUAAGGAUCGAGCUAAAGUUAUUGCUGAAGAGUGGAAACCAAAGUUGGAUUAUCUUGACAUUGAUGCUAGCAAUGGGAAUUCCUUGGAGGCACAUGCAUUCCUGCAACUCCUGGCUAGUUUUGGCAUCAAUUCAGAUUUUGAUCAGGAGUUCUUGUCCAAGUUAAUACCCAUGGUUUCUCGCCGCCGACAGACAGCUGAGUUGUGCCGUUUUCUUGGCUUGUCAGACAAAAUGCCAGGUGUUAUUGAUGUCUUGGUAAAGAAUGGAAGACAGAUUGAUGCUGUCAAUUUAGCAUUUGCAUUUGAGCUCACCAACCAAUUCUCACCUGUUUCGUUGCUGACAUCCUACUUGUCUGAAGCCAAAAAGGUGACAUCUCCUGCCAAACCUGGAAAUGCAUCCCCGUCUGGGUUGACCCAGAGCGAUGUAAACGAGAAAGAACUGGCUGCCCUCAAGGCCGUGAUUAAAUGCGUCGAAGAUCACAAGCUCGAAGCCCAGUUCCCUGUAGAUCCGCUCCAGAAACAGGUUGUGGAAAUUGAGAAAGCAAAGGCAGACAAGAAGCGCGCAACAGACGUCGGGAAGCCUCAAUCCAAACGGCCGCGUGGUGCCAAUGGCGUCGCAGCAGCUCACGCUCCUCGAGCAGCCCCCAACAUCAUCGCCAACGACAAGAACUUCUAUGCCAGAAUCCCCGAAAGGUACCCACAAUACGUCUACGACAGGCCGCCCUAUGCUUACCCUGCACCACCACCGCCGCCUCAGCACCACCACAUCCCACCGCCGCCAUAUGUUCCGGCAGCCGCCGCGUACAGCUUCACUCCAGGUAACUUUUACCAGUAUCAGACUGCUGCCGCCUAUCUGCACUAAUUCCAAAUGAGAGAUGAUAUGCUGAACCAAGAUCAAGAUGGUGAUGGUGAUGGUGAUGGUGAUGAUCUGAUUAACUCUACUAGUGUUGACCCCUUUAUUAAUUUUAAUUUCCAUGUCUGUUGUUUAAUUAAUGUUCAACUUUCCAGCAACUUUUUAAUAUUCCAAAAUUAUAUUAAAAAAAAAAACUAAAAAAAAAAAGAAAAAAAAAAGUUGGGGGGUUAUUAGUGAUGAUGUUAAUUUCUAGUUGGAUGUAAAAGUUGCUAAUAUCAUCUCAUAUGGCUGAUGGAUGUACUCUGCUCUUCUAAUGUUUAUAAUAUUGCAUUAGUGUUGUAUGUA